GGAAUCCACUACAAUCCCUUGUGGGGCGGACGCCACUUCCAGACCAUUGGAACCAACAUGAAGGUGUUUGUGGGUACCUUCGUCCACUCCACAGCUAAUACUCCAAUGGUCAUACUCACUGACACUGCCCUCGGCAUUGUCAACACUAAGAUAGCAUUUAUAGAAGCAGCGGAGAAGUUGGAGCAGCUCAAGAUAGACUAUGGGUUCACAGACUCUUGCAUUAUAUACCUAACACAGAGCCAGUUCAUGAUGCCCGGAAUGGUGGACACACACAUACAUGCUUCUCAAUUAUCUAACAAUGGACUUAAGUUAGACCUACCAUUGUUGGAAUGGCUGGAAUCCUACACCUUCCCUACAGAGGCUAUGUUUUCUGAUUUGAAGGUGGCACAAGAUAUUUAUCCCAAAGUAGUGGAACGGUUGUUACGGAAUGGCACAACAACUGCUUCCUACUAUUCUACUCUUCACCUGGAGGCAUCUAAGUUUUUUGCUGGACUGGUGCACACUAAGGGUCAACGUGCCCUGAUUGGUAAAGUCAACAUGAUGGUCAACUGCCCUGCAUAUUAUUGUGAGGACAGUCUUGAAGAGUCACUCAAAGACACAGAGGAUUUUAUCCAGUAUGUUUAUAACAUGCAGUCACCACUGAUACAGCCCAUCAUAACACCACGAUUUGCCAUCACUUGUCCAACAGAUCAGCUGAAGGGACUUGCCAAACUUGCAAAAAAGUAUAGUUGUCACAUUCAAAGUCAUUUGUGUGAAACAAAAUCAGAAAUUGAGUGGAUUCAAGAGCUCUUCCCUUGGUCUAAAUCUUGUACUGAUGUUUAUGACAGUACAGGACUCCUUGGAGAAAAGACAAUCAUGGCCCACUGUGUUUGGAUGAAAGGGACGGAGUUGGAGCGGCUGAAGGAGUGCAACGUUGGGGUGGCACACUGCCCCAAUUCCAACACAUCCUUAUGCUCUGGACUCUGUGAUGUUAGAAAGCUCCUUCAACAAGGAAUUAAAGUCGGACUUGGAACAGAUUGUUCAGGCGGCUACAGCCCAUCUAUCUUAGAUUCCCUCCGGAGAGCGCUAGAUGUGUCUAGGACUCUGAACAUGCAGCAUCAAGACAAUCAUUUCCUCACACUGCCGGAAGCUUUCCGUCUGGCUACACUAGGAGGUGCUCAAGUUGUUCAAAUGGAUGAUCAAAUUGGAAAUUUUAUGGCUGGUAAGGAGUUUGAUGCACUUUUGAUUGACCUUGAAGUUCCCAGGUCACCACUGGAUAUCUUUGCUAAGGAUACCAUAGAAGACAAGAUUCAAAAGUUCUUGUACAAUGGUGAUGACCGCAACAUCAUCCAGGUGCAUGUGGCUGGACGGUGUGUCAUCAACCAGCAGAACCACUGACCCAGAGAACAUAGUUGUUUAUGAAAUAAAAACCUCUGUAUUAUAAAAAAU